GCGAUCAUUACCCAGUUGCCACUGCUAAGCGUUCGGAUUGUGUGGUGUGUCCACUAGUGCGGAGCAACAAGCCCCCAGAGGAAAAAUCUCGUGAAUGAGUGCGCGUGCAAGUGCUUAAAAGAAAAAUUGUGAGAAAAGUGCGUGCAGCUCGAUCGAGUUUUAAAUUCGUUUUUUGGAUGAUUUCUUGUUAAAAAAAAAACUUCCUUGGGCAUGUAAAGAGAAGAAAAUUGCUGCAGUGUAGUUGUCUUUGUGUUGCAACUUCCAGCUUCUGCAUUAUUUUAUCUUCUGCACAAAUCUAAUUAAAAUACUCCGCAAAUACCGUACACACUGAAGGAAUACAAGCGCACACAGAAGUCGUCUGGUUAGACGAUCAUUAUAUAUCUGAAGCGGUAUCAGUGGAAUUAUAAAAAAAAAAAAUUGGAAUAAUUAGAGCCAUAAUCUACGGUGAUUUUGUGUGCGAAAAGUGAAAGUGAGUGGUACAAGAUUGAUUUUUUAGAGUGAAGAAAAAAAGUGGAGUAUGCCACCAAAGCCACAAGAGAGCAUUCCCGUGAUCGGUGAUCGAUUGCGGGAGGCCACUCCACCGUCCACGGUAGAUCACACAGAAACCGCAGUACAAGCUCAGGGUGACUGUGCCUAUGUCAAUAGAGUAUUUGAAAGUGAUGAAAAAUCCUCCGAGAUGGAUUUGCAUCCUCCACAGCAAAUGAAGGUCAAUCCAACAACAAAAAGCAAGGUCAUUGAUUUCGAUGAUCUGCUUCCGUACAUUGGGGAAUUUGGACUCUUCCAAAAGAUUCUCUUCCUCUGCAUGAUUCCAUUUGCCUUUUUCGUUUCUUUUGUGUACUUUUCGCAAAUUUUUAUCACAUUGGUACCAGAGGAACACUGGUGCCUGGCCCCUGAGCUAAAGCAUUUGGAUCUCCAAACGAGAUUGCGACUGUCUGUGCCAAAAGUGAAUGUUGAUGACGGUGGGUUUGUUUAUAGUAAAUGUCUUAUGUACGAUGUGAAUUACACGGAAAUCCUCGAAACGGGAAUUAGUGAGCCCGACCCCACUUGGCCAGUCACUUCCUGUCGUCAUGGUUGGGAAUAUAAUUUCACGGAUAUUCCAUAUGAAACAGCAGCGACACAGUUCAAUUGGGUAUGCGAAAAUGCUGCUCUCCCAACGAUAGCUCAAUCAAUAUUCUUCCUUGGUGCCAUUGCGGGUGGAUUGAUCUUUGGCUGGGUUGCUGAUCGCUUUGGGAGAGUACCUGCCUUAGUGAGUUGCAAUAUGAUGGGUUUCCUAGCGGGAGUUGCAACUGCCUACGUGAGGAACUUUUGGGAAUUCAGUUUGUGUCGCUUUCUUGUUGGAUUCGCCUUCGAUAACUGCUUCACCAUGAUGUACAUUCUCGUGCUCGAGUAUGUGGGGCCAAAGUGGAGAACUUUUGUGGCCAAUAUGUCGAUUGCCAUAUUCUUCACAAUGGGAUCGUGUGCACUACCGUGGAUUGCAUACUUCCUAGAAGACUGGAAGAUGUUUAUAAUUGUGACUUCGGCACCGCUGUGUCUUUCCAUUUUAACACCAUUCAUCGUACCGGAAUCAGCAAGAUGGCUAGUUUCACAAGGAAAGAUUGAAAGCGCCAUACGUAUUUUGAAGAAAUUUGAGAAAGUAAAUGGAACAGAAGUCUCACCACAAAUAUAUAAGGAUUUUGAAGACAGUUGUGCCAAAGUACAGGAAGAAGAAUCAAAGACUGAGGCAUAUUCAGUACUGGAUCUCUUCCGGACGCCGCGCUUGCGAAAAAUUACCGUUCUUCUAGUAAUAAUUUGGAUGGCGAUAUCAUUAGUAUUUGAUGGACAUGUACGUAAUGUUGGUUCCUUGGGUCUGGACAUCUUUUUCACAUUCACCGUGGCAGCAGCUACGGAAUUCCCAGCAGACACACUACUUACCUUGACGCUGGAUCGCUGGGGUCGCCGUUGGUUAGCAUGUGGUACAAUGGUGUUUAGUGGAGUCUUCAGUUUGCUGGCCACUGUAGUGCCCGUUGGUGUAUAUUCUGCAACAUUAGCAAUUUUGGGCAGAUUCAGUGUUAACAUUUCCUACAACAUUGGGCUUCAAUACGCCGCUGAGUUGCUACCCACGGUUGUUCGGGCUCAAGGUAUUGCCUUCAUUCAUAUCAUGGGAUAUGUGGCUAGCAUCAUUGCACCAUUCGUCGUGUAUCUUGCCAAUAUUUCUGUAUCCCUACCCCUUGUGGUUUUGGGUAUUUUGGGUAUUAUUGGGGGAAUGCUAUCGCUCUUCCUCCCCGAAACACUCAAUCACGAAUUACCACAAACACUUGCUGAUGGGGAAGAUUUUGGUAGAGGACAACGCAUUUGGGAUUUCCCAUGCUGCAACAAGAAAAUUGAUGAAGCUGAUCAGCAGAUUGAACAUUUUAAGAGGGCAUCUGUAUCCAGUGUCCGGACACGAUCUGUUAGAGGAUCAACACGCGGUGAGAUUCGAUCGAGUCUCAUUCAACGUUCCUCAGUGAGAUCGAGAAAUACUAUGACAUCCCCCUAGUAGAGCAACGUGACAACCUCUUUAACUAAUCUCCUCAAACCACAAUGGGGAGGUUUUGUGUGUGAUGAUGAGGGCCAAAAUCUAGUCAGUCAUUGCUACGCCAUAAGUCAAUUAGUCUUCACAUUUUGACCCUUUCGGCUUCCACUUGGACGAAAAGCGGAACAAGUUAUCUCAUUGUAUUGUAUACAUAGUAUAUCUGACGAGGCAAUUAGAGCUGAAAUCUUGUAUCCGAAUUAACUUGAUGACACUCUAUUCUCAUAGAGAAUACUGAGAAGGGUUUAUACCUACAAAAUAUACUGGUGGCCAUUGAUUUUUUUGUCUUUUGUGUCAAAUUAUGGGGGAAUUCAGAGAAGCAAUAGAUAGAAAUUUAGCAAAACAAGAGCUGAAAAUAAUUUUGCCUCAAUUCCUUCCCUUAUUCCAAAUUAUAAUGUCAUUUGACAAUUUUUUUUUAUAUAAAUUCCAAUAUUUUGUAAAACUUUUACACACAUUAUGUAAAUAACAUUCCCAUUUAUACAUUUUUGCAUUUUAUCAUUUGUAAAUGAAUAAAACGAGAGAAUUUAAUAGAAAUAAAAAAAAAACAAUUGAGCAUAAAAA